AUGUGCCGCACAUUUUCAGUCUGCACAAUCGUUGACCCAAGGUAUAAACUGUCAGUGUUUGCUGAUACAAACGAGGCUAAAAAUACAAAAGGACGCGUACAAGAUCUUUUAGUGGCUAUGAUAGCUGAAGAAAAUGCACAACAGUCGCCACUAGCCGCUCCAACUGAAGUCAAAGCUACUGACACAUUUUCACCGUUUCCUCGAGAACCUGAACAAAAAACUAAAUGGAUAACAGCAACAGGAAGAGGUCCUGAUUAUUGGCCAAUAACGUCCAGUGUAAUUUGUUCGCAACACUUCGAAGAAAAAUGUUUUCAACAUACAAAAAAAAGUCGCAGGCUUUUUGAAUGGGAUGUACCUACACUACGGUUACGCCAUGUGUUCGUAUCUUAUCCCUGCACGUCUUCUGAGAAAGACUUCAAAGAAUCUAUUCCUGUGGAAAUAGACAAUAUUUCUGAGCAGAGUCAUGGCAAUGAAAGUAGUGAAGGACUCCAUGAUGAACAAGAAAAGGGCACGUCGGACCUUUACAAUUUCAAUACUGAUAUUGAAGAUACACCCCGUAAACGAAAACUAAAACUUGAGUUGGGACGUUGUGUAAAUCAAAUACAGAAGCAAAAUAAACAAAUUAAACGCCUUCAAAGGAAGACUAGCCGGUAUCAGAAGAAAAUAGCAAAACUGAAAGAUAUUGUGAAAGAAUUGCAACAAAAAAAUUACGUCAACAGUGACCAAGCAUCACAUUUGGAAAAUCUUGGAGUAGACGAUUUGAUUUGGCGGUAUAAUGAUAACGUUUCAACAGUGCAAAACAUCAAUAUCACUGUGGAUCCAAGACUUCAAGAUGAAGACAAUGAUAAAGAUGAAAUGAGUUUGUUGUACGAAAUAGCCCAGUUUGAAGAAGUGGCUACUUUAGUUCAAGAUUUGUCUGAAUUUUCUUUGCAAGCCAUAACUUAUAUCGCGGGUUUUGUUGUUCAUGCACUUAUAAAAUCACUAAAAUGCGAUACAUGCAGUGGAGUUUUAAUAGCAAGCGACAAAGAUAAUAAAGAUUACGAGUUUAUAAAAAUAAAAGAUAAAGGUGGACUGAUAUACCCUUCCGAGGAUGUUAUCCGCAUUUGUAAAUAUACUGAAGCCGCAAUCAAAGCCACAAUCAUCAGUGGUAACAGACUCAUAAUAAAUGAUAAAAAUAUUUCCAGUAAAUUGAUAUCAAAAGUUAUGAAUCAGUUUAUUGGUGUCGAGUUGUUUAAAGACAUUGAUUUUCACCAAUAUGAGCAGUCACCGUUAAACAACCAUGUUGUCUUGCUAACUAAAUCAGUAAUUGAAAAGUAUUUAAAAAUUAGAUUGCAUUUUUUAACUAAACAUGCGCAGCCAAAGCUUUCAAAACGCCAACUUCUAAAUAAGUACCUACACUUUAGUGGUCAA